GUCAUUUUGACCAAAAACGAGUGGCAGUCACAGCAUAUGUAUCCAGACGGGACUAAUUUCUCUUUGCCCUUAUUAUUAUUAUUAUUAUUAUUAUGGCAGACACAUGAAGAGCUGUUCUGUUCUGAUCUGUUCUGUUCUGCUCUGUUCUGAUAUGUUCGUUGUGUUGUAGGUCUGACCUGGGAGAGAAAGAGAACACCUUUCUUUCAAAAACCCUAAUCCCACCUCUGAAUCCAUGGCUUCUCGUCGACGCAUGCUUCUCAAGGUCAUCAUCCUUGGUGACAGCGGGGUUGGGAAGACAUCUCUGAUGAAUCAAUAUGUAAAUCGUAAGUUCAGCAAUCAGUACAAAGCAACCAUUGGAGCGGAUUUCUUGACCAAAGAAGUUCAGUUUGAAGACAGGCUUUUCACAAUGCAGAUAUGGGAUACAGCUGGCCAAGAAAGAUUUCAAAGCCUUGGGGUGGCUUUCUACCGUGGUGCAGAUUGCUGCGUUCUUGUGUAUGAUGUGAAUGUUAUGAAAUCAUUUGACAACCUCAACAACUGGCGGGAAGAAUUUCUGAUUCAGGCCAGCCCUUCUGACCCUGAAAACUUUCCAUUUGUUGUAUUGGGGAACAAGGUAGACGUUGAUGGUGGCAAUAGUCGAGUGGUGUCUGAAAAGAAGGCAAAAGCAUGGUGUGCAUCUAAGGGUAAUAUUCCUUACUUUGAAACCUCAGCAAAAGAAGGUCUCAAUGUAGAAGCUGCUUUCCAGUGCAUAGCCAAAAAUGCUCUCAAAAAUGAACCUGAAGAAGAAAUAUACCUUCCGGACACAAUUGAUGUUGUUGGUGGUCGACAACAAAGGUCUUCAGGAUGUGAAUGUUAAGGAAAGCUUUUGGUAGGGAUGGUUUGUUUCAUGGAAAGAAGUGCAGCUGUUACUUUUCUCACCAGAAUUACGCGCAAGUAUUAUUUAGAAAAGGUCAUUUGAAUAUUUUGUUUGUAUAUUUCAAAAUGGCUUGAACAAGGAAAUUCAAAUAAUCACUGAAUAUUGUAUUACCCUUUUAUGAAUGCCCAAUUAUGUUAUGGUUAAA